AUGGCAUCCUUGGAACUUGUUAAAAGGGCUAUAGCUGGAGGCAGAGUCUACGAUGACCUGCCCCCCAGGAUAAAGAACCUCAUUACUCCCAGCGAAUGGAAGACAAGAGUCAAGGAGCACUGCAUCCAGCGCGGUCUUCCAUGGGCAACAAGCCUCGCGUGCACCGUAAUGGGCCAGCAGGAGUAUUGUGAUGAGCUGCUUCGUUGCUACAAAACGUGGAUGCGGGUAUGCUGCUGCGCCCUAGGGGCCAACCUAGGGGCCGAGCGGGGGGCCGGUAGUUGGCUGGGCACUGGGGAACUAAAGAAAACCCAAAGCGCAACCAGGUCAGGGCUUCGAGGGCGAGAUGCUCCGCCUGACCCACUACGCGGCCGCGCUGGCUGCCCUGCUGGAGGCGGUGAGGGCCUCCGCGGGCCGGGGGGUGCCCCUGGAGCUGCUGAGGAAGGAGAGCCUGGCGGGGCUGUCAACCAGGGCCGCGUGCAAGCCAUGCCCGUGGAUGAAGCGGCUGGCGGCGGCGGCGGUGGCCAGCCGUACGGCAGGAGCUCCGCCGGUGUGGCGGCGGACGAUGUCGACGAGGCAGCGGCGGCGUUGCAGCAUCACCACUACCAGCAGCAGCAGCAGGUCGCGGAGGGGGCCUUCUUGGGGACGCAGGCGGGAGCAGGAGGAGGAGGAGGAGGAGGAGGCGGUGUGGCGGUGGUGGUGGAUACUGAGGCGACGGGGUACCUCAUGAUGGGUGCUCUGUCACCCGGUCUGAAGCGCCAUUCAGUAACGCUGUUCGAGGGGGGCCGAGUGGCGGGCGAGGAGCUUUUUCCGUACCACCUGUCGGACUACCUGUGUCGCGUGGCGCGCAUCACGCCGUUCAAGUACUACCUCGACUUGAUGACUCAAGCGCUCAAGGACGAGCGGUCGUACGACAGGAUGCCCAACUUUACGGCCGCUGACGCUUUGGCGGUGCUAGGUAUCGGCCGCAACGAGUACAUUGCCGUACUUAACGCCUGCAAGGCUAGGAGACUGCUGUGGCGAGUGAAUCUAAAUCGGGAAGGCAUCAUCCGGGAACACCUGCCGCAGGGUUUCGUGUCGAACAAGACCACGCAGGCGGGUGACACGUCCGCAGAUCCCCUGGAGUCCCUGCUGUACAGCGUGUUUGUGGCCAACAGUGAGCGGCUGACGGUUUCGGAGCUGGGGCAGAUUCUGGGGGUGGAGUUGGAGGAGUUAAAGGCAGCUCUAGGGGUGGCCAGCAGGCUGGGUUUCGCCACACGGGUUACGGAUUCGUACACAACAAACAUCGCAGGCAGGGAAACUGGGAGGUGCGGUCCUACGUCGUACGUGUUCGUGUGCGGUCAGCGGGUUUGGCGGCUGCCACACCCCCUGGACCGGUGUACACAUGCGCUGUGUACCCCGUGGGACGAGGACACGGAGCCGGGGCGAGGGGGGAAGGCACACGGCACGGAGGGUCAGAUGAUGGUGGUGGAGUCGUCCUUCCUACUGUACACUCUCAACGACUUACUCAGUCGUACGGCCGUACUUGUACAGCCACUGGACUGUACGGAGCUGGGCUGGUGCCCUGACGUUGUAGAUGUGCCGCUGCCGCUGCCGCCGCAGCCGCCGCUGGCGGCGGCGGCGGCGGCGACGUCGGCGGUUUUGACGGCACCCGGGACCUGCAGUACAGCGCCGCCGGGUACUGGUGCCUCUUCCUCCUCCGGUUUGACACCCUCUGGCACGUCCGUGGUGGUUCCAGGUAUCCGAAGGACGGGUGGCGAGCCGGCCCGGGUUAUACUGGAUCCCGGACUGGUUUCGGGGCUGCGACAGCUGGGCCUGGCGUCGUGCGUCGGCCACCUGCGCCUUAUGCAAAUGCGCGCACCGCCGCCGCCGCCGCUGCCCCCAUCAACAUCAUUGCCAGCGUCCCGGAAUAGAAUAGUCGGGUCGUCGCACAAGCUGCUUCAAGCACAACUAACCAAGCUGCUCGUACAGUACUCGCACUGCUCUCAAGACGGCAGCUACGGAUCGGUCGCGGGGCCAGCGGCGGCGGUACAGGCUGCCGCCACCGCCGCCGCCGGCGAGGCGGUCGCACUGCUGUCGGACUUUAAAGCGCUGCCGUCCGCCGCCUCCGCCGGCGGCGGCGGCGGCAGCGGCGGCGUUGACGGCGGCGGCGGUACUGGCGGCCGGUUCAACCCCGAUUUGCCGCUGCCCGCUGUGAAUCUAAGCUUUGACGGACGAGACCUGCAGCCCAUUCGGCUCCAGGACAGUGUGCAGGGUUUAGGGUGUUUGUGUCAGGGUUGACGUACACUCUCCACUACGUCCUGGACGAGCUUUUAGUCGGGGAGGGUUGAGACUUUGGGGGUGGAGGGAGGGGGUUUGGAAAGCGGUCGGAAUGCUAUGUACAGCUUGUUGAAUUGUGUAAUGGUUGGUCGGGGGGAUUGAACGCAAACCCCGUUCGCGCUGGCGUGCUUCGGGGAGGUCCGGUGGGUGGGGUUGAGGGUGGGGGUGGGGAUACUCACGGAUAGGUGUUUCCGGUAGGGCUUGGAGGGUGUGGGAACGACAGGGUGAGGUGCAUAGAGGUGGGCGCGUUCUGGAUACCUUUUCGGCGCCUUUCGGGGCGCCGAGGCCCCCCGGGGUUUACUGCUGUCAGUCAGUCAGUCAACGUCGUGUCUCAUGAUAAACUCGCAUGCCACGUUGAACUGAGAAUUGGAUUUAAAAAGCUAAUACUAC